AUGUCAUCUUACAAACCUAUUGACUCCAAAAGGGAAGAGUUCAGAAGGUAUUUAGAAAGGGCAGGGGUAAUGGAUGCUUUGACAAAAGUUUUAGUUAGCCUGUAUGAAGAGCCAGAUAAACCGGAGGAUGCAUUAGAAUAUGUUCGAAAACACCUAGGAACUGAUGGAGGAGAAGAUGAACUUGAAGCUGCUAGAGCUCGCAUCGCAGAAUUGGAGGCUGAAAAUGCCCUACUUAAAGGAGAAGCAGCUCCAACAGAUGGAUAA